AUGUUAAAUUUUAAAAUUAAUAAUCGACAUCUGAAGCUUGUAUUAUGCACUGUUUUAAUGUCAAGCCACCAACUUGUCGUCGGAUGUUCUUACGUAUUCGCAUCUAUUCUUCUGUCUAAAUUAAAAGAACCAACGUCUACGAUAAAAAUUGAUUCUGAAGAUUCCUCAUGGAUAGCGAGUAUGCCAUUACUGGUAUGUCCGGUCGGUUUACUUUUAGUUGGAAUACUUACAGAUACGAUUGGUCGAAGAAAAGCUCUUCAAUUUGGUUAUUUAUCACUAAUUAUUAGUUGGCUGGUUAUUGCGUACGCCAAUUCUUUAGGAGCCAUUAUAAUCGGAAGAACUAUACUGGGAAUUGGACUUGGUUCGGGUACGUGUAUAUUUUUGUACUUGGCUGAGGUGUGCCCUACCAAGUACCGACCCUUGUACUUCUCGGUGGUCACCAUAUUCGUGGGCAUGGGAAUGGUAACCGAGAGCAUACUGUCCAUAUUCUUCGAAUGGCGAACCGUGUCAUUCAUACUAUUUGUAUUUAGCACCAUCAAUUUCACGCUGCUGUUCUUAAUACCGGAGACGCCCAUGUGGCUUCGGGCGCACGACCGGUCUCGAGAAGCGGACAUGGCCGAGGCGUGGCUGUGCAUGGAACCAGCCGUUGCGACCGUCUCGGCGUUGACUGUGGCACCGGUCAGCACGCUGAUAAUCAAUGGUGACGAUCACCUGUGUGGUGAGAAUGGUAUUACAGCCACGGAACAGCCGACCAAUACCGCAUACUGGUCGCUCUUCACCAAGCCGGCUGUCUGGAAGCCGGCUCUGAUCACCCUGAUGUUCUUUCUCUUCCAGCAGGGCUGUGGGUUUUACGUGCUGCUGGUCUACUCGGUUGACAUACUUCGUGACUGCCGCGUCCAGUGGGAUGGCGUCACCGUCACCGCAUUUUUGUCCCUGUCCCGAGUCAUCGGUAGCGUGGUCUAYGCCAUGCUGCACCACGUCCGCCGGAAGACACUGGUCGUCGUGUCCGGCGGUGGCAUGGCCCUGUCGCUGACCGUCAUCAUAGUUUACAUGCGCGUGUACAAAAAUGUGGCCACGCCACCUUAUGGCGAGGUCCUCGUGUUUGCUUUCAUUGCCUACGUGUUCUUUGCCCUGUUGGCCAUGCUCCCAAUGCCUUGGGCCAUUUGUGGAGAGGUGUUCCCGAUGGCCGUCAAAGGAGUAAUGGGUGGAAUUGUACAAUUUUUUGGAUACGAGUUAAUGUUUUUAUUUAUCAAAGUGUUUCCUGCAUUUGUGUCGACAUUUGGAAUGGAAAAUGUUUGGUUAGUGUUCACAAUAUUCUCUUUUGGAAGUGCAUUGUUCGGUGCAUUCAUAAUGCCAGAAASAAAAGGAAAAUCUCUCAACGAAAUAUUAUCAUCAUUCGAUUCUCGCAAAAAAUCAAUAAAAAAUAGCUUAACUUAAUAUUAUUGUAUACUAUAAUAGUAAUUAUUGUUUUUAUUUCUAUAAAACAUAUAACAUUAUUGCAAUUUCAUCCAAAGAAAUUUCAGAUGUAUUCUUCAAUGCGCAUUGAAAUCUUAUUAUUUUUAUUCUAUUUUAUUUAUUGUAAGAUACC